AUGGACGAACAACGAAAGAGCGAUGAACGUCCGGUGUUUGUGACGCAUCAGUUUUUUGUUGCACAGCAGCAGCAGUCACCGGCAAAAGAUCAGCAAGAUGGACCACCAGAGUCGCAAGAACGAACACCAUCUCAAAUGAACCAAUCUACAUCAACAUCAGAUUUGGAAAUCACAGCGGUAGUAAAUGCAUCUCUAAAUCCAGCAGACAUUCCUGAACGCACGAGCUCUCCUUCAGUUACGCAACCAGCAACACAGACCUUUGGCAUAAUGGCAUCAUAUCCACUAUUUACUCACGCAACAGUGCCAGAAGUUACUUCACCACCAAGCAGUCGACAGUCGCAAUACAAGCAGCAAGGGUCUCGCCGACUAGCAGUCUUACGUCGAAUCCGGCAGACAACUGGAAGCUUAGAAGAAAUUCCAACAUUUUCUGCCGCCAAACCUCGUACAGGCACAUCACAUCCGGCCUCGCCACCACCAUCUCACCCGCACUUCGCACCGAUAGUUGCAUCAUCACCAAUGGUAUCAAAACUAUUAGUUCCAGUAAUGCCAAGAGUCGUUACAAGUAAAUCACCAUCACGCUUUACCACUCAAUCCACAAUCACACUGGCCUCCGCAACGGUUCUCCCGCCACGCACAACUAGCAAUGCCUCACCAGCAGUAUCAACCAGUAUCGCCCCUUUAGUACCACAGCCACUGGUACCGGUACAACGGCAGCAAUCGCAGGCAACCAUGGAACAAGUCCAUAAGCCACCAGUGUGGAUAAUGCCAGGAAAAAGCUGGAAAUCAUCGUCGUCAAAUAGGCAGCAUGAACCUUAUUAUGCAACACCACUAACAGCAGAUGCCGAGCAACAGAAUUAUAUGGCUCUCCUACCACCACCACGAUAUACGACCGGAACCGCAAAAUCAAAAAAACCAUACGCACAACUAAAGAAUGCACAACAACAAGCAGCUCCACCACCGAUUGAUUUAGUUGACGAAUCGCGGCCACAAGGUUAUCGAGCACAGCGAUACCAACAACGAGAUACGGCAACAGCAAUGACAAAUAAACCAAACCACGUCAUUUUAUCAGAUUCAACAAUGUCCCGUUUCCGGCUGUCUCAAUUUAACAACAACACAGUCAACGUCCGCAUAAAAUCUAACUCCGGCUUUGGAAUACGCAAUUAUAUUAACCAAAUCACUAGUGGUCAACUCCGAUACCUCCUAGCCCAAGCUGCAAAAAUAUUCCAGCCAAAUCUGUUUCGACUCCAUAUGUAA